UUCCGUUUCCGGUACAGGGGCGUGAACAAAAGAAAUCGUCUGCCCGCGUGCGCUCUCGCGCCGUGUUUUGCGAUACGCCUUGAAUACUACGAUUAAAUUAACUGGAAAUGGAGACAUUUAACAGGCUCCUACUGGAAUAUCCUGAACUAAUGUACAGUGGAGCCGGAGCUACGGCGUUUAUCGCAGGCGGAGCGCUGAUAUACAAAAUUGCCACCAGGAAAAAGCCCACCCAUGCAAAUGUUAACUGCUGGUUCUGUAAUCAAAACACAGUGGUUCCUUAUGGAAAUAGGAACUGCUGGGAUUGUCCCAACUGUGACCAGUACAAUGGCUUCCAGGAGAAUGGGGAUUACAACAAACCCAUCCCAGCUCAGUACAUGGAACACCUGAAUCACGGCAUAUCUGGAUCCCCACUUUCUUCUGAGACUCCCAAGACUUUGCAGUGGGUUAACUGCCAGAUGCUAUUGUGCAGGAAGUGUAACAAUAACCAGGCUGCAAAGAUCAAGCAGUUGGCCUCAUAUAUCCCAAGAGAUGACGAGAACUAUGAUGAAGAAAUUGAAGCCUACAAACACCACCUGGAGCAGACUUAUAAGUUAUGCAGACCAUGUCAGACAGCAGUGGAAUAUUAUAUUAAAUAUCAAAACCGCCAACUUCGUACAGUGCUCCUAAACCACCAGCUUCGACGCACUCGAGAGUCAGACACGGGAUUCAUAAAGAGUUCCCAUUCUCUGUCCUCACCCCCGGGGGUCAUACUGUUAAGGAUCCUCACCUUCCUGAUAUGUGCUUUCCUACUUGCUACAUGUUUCUAUGGAUUGCCAGAACAGUCUGUUUCACCAAGUGGUCCACAGACAUUAAGUGGUGGCAUCGUUCCUCCAAAACCAAAGACCCACAAUGAAUCCAACCACAACAACAGUAGUGGAUCCAUGCCUGUUUGGCAGGGUCUGCUGGAGCUGAUCCCAGACCAGACCAGAGAAAAUGCCAAACUGGUGUGGCAACAUGGAAAGGACAACCAGCUAGUAAUAGUCUCUAUUGGCCUGCUGACUUGUCUCACAGCUAUCUUCUUAGCAGGACCUUUGAGAUUGAGGAGAAUUGAUGCUGUAGCUUCUGUUCUGUGGUUUUUCACCCUGUGCCUCUACCUGGCUGAGGGCUACUUGGCUGAUACCCCGAACUGGACGGACACAGUGAAACUUGUUACCAUCUUCCUCUGUUGCCUUGUCAGCUUUGCUGCUGCGGCUGCAACCCGCAAACCGCUGGGUCCACGAAGAGCCAGAUAUCGAAGAUACCUUCCAGGCAGCGCUGCAGUCCCACCCUUCAGCUGCCAGCCUCCUGUCCACACUCCUGACCUGACAGAUUCCUUUAUCCCUACACCACCCCCCAACCUCUCCAAGCUCAUCAACCGCCAUCUUGGUCCUCAUGACCGCAAGGCAUCCCCAUCCUCUCUGCCUGGACGCCUCAACCGAGCCCUUUGCCUUGGAACAAUGCCCUCACUAACAAGGACGGAUUCUGGCUGCCUGUUUAGUGGGAGUCGACCAGCAUCACAGUACAAAGACUCUCCACCCUCAGAUUACUUUUCACUGAAGUCGGGGAGCCGCCCAUCGUCCCCAGGCCCUUCUCCAACUCCUUCAGUAGCUGGUUCAGUUACAUCCAGUUCAAGUUCUGCCAGACAGCGGCGUCCCCUCAUUAGUCCAGCUCGGCUUCACAUCAGUGGCCAGAAACUCCGGCUUUUCUCUUCAGAGCCAGAACCUGCGCGAAUGUCCCCACCCAUGUUUCCAUUUAGCUCCAAUGUGGAGCCAUCCUCUUCUGUUUACAGUGGCUGCUUUUCUCGUGACAUUUCUCCCUUCCACAGUCAAAAUGAUUUGAGUUCCUUACUGAGAGAUGGGAGUGUGAUUGAAGAAGAAAAAAGAAGCAGCUCCUCAGAGUCCUCUGCUUGCCAAGUUGGCACCACAACACAAGGUCCUGAGGCCAUCCCUCCUCCAAAAGGUUUAGUAAAGCAUCUUCUUUGGCCAGGGCUUUUGUUGGCAAGCCUGACUGCCAACCUGCUGUUUGCCUGUCUCUAUACGUACCACAACUGGAGAUGAAGCAUCAGCGGGUCCGGUACUUUUCUCUUUUGUACUAUUCUACAGAGUGACUCAGCCUCAGGAUUUCACACUUCUGAAAAACUCUGCUCUUGUCGAAGUGCCAGAAACUUCUGCCUUCUGGUUGUUGCUCAGUGUUUACUGUUGCUUGACGUAAAUGCACGUUAGCCGACACAUUUCCAAUAAACUAGUUUUAUUGGUGUUAAGAGAAAAGUGUGAGGUGAAAGUAUAUCUUUGAAUUUGAGUCAUUAUUGCAUGACAGGCUUUUUUUUUUUUUUUUUUUUUUAUUCUUUUUUUUUUUACAACCUUUUGGUCACUGCUACUCGCACAUGAAGACAGGCACAACUGUCUUUAAAGAUGUCAGUUCAGGUAUUGGUGCUUGGUGGCAAUUCAAACCCAUGCUGUGAAAUGUGCAAUAAACGUACUGUUCAGUCGAUGCUGCUUGGGUACAGAGGAUCUCCUCUUCACUAUUUACGAUUAUUGUGAUGAGUAUUAAGUAACAUUUUCUUUUUUCUACAGUAGUCCAAAAUUUAAAAAAAAAUAAAUUAAAAGAAGAAAAUACCAAGCAGCAUUUUUUUUUUCAUACAACUAGAUUUACAUUUUGAAGUGUGUGAAAGAUUUCCACUUUGUAAUGAAAGAAUCUCAGUACGAUGUUAGCUGUUUUCUUUGCACGUUCAGCAGUGAAAUGACUUACUGGUGCUCUGUUGUUACCAAGUUAAGGGUCAACAAUAGUUUUAUGUAAAUCUGUUCCACUUAUCUUUGCAAUUAACUGCUGGAAACUGCUAUCAAACCAUGUUUGUUAUAUUGUAGUUCCAUUCGUUCUCAUUUCCAGUCUAUAAAGAGAAAUACUGCUACUUUUCAUUCUUUGGCUGCAUCAGAAAGCCAUGAGAGACGGUUCACAUCCAACUUACCUUGUGACCUUGUUUUUCAAGACCUCUCCUAAACAUGAUAAUCCAACAUCUGCAGUAUAACAACUUGGAAAUGGUUGCACUGUCUUAUCUGUUGUGUUUUGAAUAUGUAAUGUUAAAGUUAGAUGAGUGAGCACUGAUGUUUGAUUAUUGUUUAUACAUAUGUUGAAGGUAGAUUAACAAAAGGCUGUACUUUUUUGACAUGUGCAAGCUGUGUUUAAGUAGGCUUUGCUUUGCUUUGCUUGUCAUUUAAACUUGUAAAAAAAAAAAAAAUGGUGGAAUGGGCGAGCAUUUUUCUGGUCUUUCUCUUUUUCAGUGUGGAUUAUACAAGAAUUGUUUUCUGAUGAAAUACACAUAAUGCUGAUUUGCAUUGACAGUUUAUUCCUUUGGUAAUUUUUAUCCAAUGUUUAUAAAUAAUUAAACUAAU